UCUCUCCUUAAAUCUUCCAAUUACUUCUCUAGGAUUUCAGGAGGAACGACGAUUCCAUCAUGGGUGGAGGAGUAGCCAUUAGAGCUGCAACCAAGGUUGCCAGUUUCGGGGUUAAUGGCGGUCUGCGAGGUUCUCCGUUGGUGCCAACUGCAGAGCAGUCGAUGGCGACUGCCUCUCAAAAGGUUUCAAGGCCUGCGACUUCUCUUGUCUCUUCAGUGUCCACAGAAGAAGGGAGGUCUUCCUUCUUGCUUUCUAGUCAGAAUGGGAAAGUCGAUGCAUCUGUUCAGAGGCCGUUAUGGGACGAUGACUGGGAAUUUGCUUUGUAUGAAGAAGACCUGCAUGUAGAUUCAAUGACUCCAAUGCCUAGAGUUGUCUUUGGAGGAGUUCCAACAAUGGAGGAAGCCACAGAGGCUACUUCCGAAUUGAAAGAAGCCCUAGAGCAGGUGUAUUUUUCUUCAAAUUCCAGUGUUGGUUCAGAAACAAAACCUUGUGUCACUGAGGAAACUGCAGUGGCCUUACCUUCAGUGCCAAAUCAUGCCCUCCAGGCAUUCGUGUUGCUGAAAGAGAGUUCCGCAGCCCAGAGGGCUGUUGCUUCGCUUGCCUCUGACAAAAAUGUCUGGGAUGCCGUGAUGCAAAAUGAGAAAGUUGUGGAGUUCUUCCAAUCUCAGCGGACAACUGGUAUCCUUCCCGAUGAAAUGGAUUUGAAUGACAAGGAAUCAUGUGGAGAUAAUGGAUUUGAUGGUCAGGAAUCAAUAAAGAACACUGAUAACGAGGAUGAUGGUAAAUCUUCUGGAAGCUCUGAAAGUGGCUUCAUGGGUUUUAUGAAGAAUGUUAAGCUUAAGGUGAAGAAUGUCAAGCUUAAGGUGACGGAAAUGGUGAUGAAUAUGUCCGAUUUCAUCCAGAGCCUUUUUGGAGGUUUGGUAGCAGGAAACGAGUCUGUCGAUGAAAAGGGUAGUGCCAGUGGAAUGCCCAAGGACAAAACUGCAGCAGCAGGCUUCAUGGGAUUGGUUAUAUUAGUAAUUAUGGUGGUUUUGGUGAAGCGUGGAUAGAGAGUGAUUUACUUAUCAAUUAGCCGACAUUACAAAUGUAAUGAUUUUUACAGACUUGCUUGCUAUAUAUGCUCUGGCUGUUGGGAUAUUUGAUGAUAUGGCUACUAGGUUUUCUGUACAGUAAAA